AUGAAGCCGGGCUGUUGCUUCUUCCUCAUCCUCUGCUUUGCGCCCUUGGGGGCUACGGCAGCCUCCUGCGAGAACGGCGGCACGGCCGUGGGCGAAGGCUGCGCCUGUCCGCCCGGCUUCAACGGCACCCGCUGCGAGACGGGCGACUCCUCCAAGGCCUGCCAGAAYGGCGGCACCGCCGUGGGCACCAAGUGCUACUGCCCACCGGGCUUCACGGGCGCCUUGUGCCAAGACCCCGACCAAGCCACCGCCUGCCAGAACGGCGCCAYCGCCUUUGGCACGGAGUGCGUGUGCCCACCGGGCUACUGGGGAGCCACCUGCCAACACAAGGAGCAGCCCAGCUCCUGUCUCAACGGCGGCACGCUCCUGGGGACCGGCUGCCGCUGCCCUGUGGGCUUCUGCGGACCCCGGUGUGAGUGUGAGUGCCCAGAUGCCCCUCCAACGUCCACUGAGAAGGUCGUCACCCGUGAAGAUGCUGCCGCCUCCACGAGCAGCACAACUCUCCAUCCAUCACCCAACGUGUCCAACAUCAAUAGCACGGUGCCAACGAUGGCGACAACCACGGAAGGAAGCCCGGUCAACACCACAGAGCACGUCACGAGACCCCCAGGGAACGUCUCUACUAGCGCAGUGACAGCUUGGCCCAACAGGACCAGCGAGGCCACCAUGGCACCUGGAAACCCCAACACGACGUGCUCUGGAAACCGCACGUCUCUGGGGGGCACCCACAAUGGCACAGAGGUGACCCAGCACCCCCUGAACGAGACAUUCCCCACCACAACAGCGAGUCCCACCCCUGAGCCCAACCGCACCGUGGGGGUGACCCAGCACCCAUUGAACGACACGCUCCCCACCACAGUGACCAGUCCCACCUCUGAGACCAACCGCACCUUGGGGGUGACCCAGCACCCAUUGAACAACACUCUCACCACCACGGGGACCAGCCCCACCUCUGAGCCUAACCGCACCAUGGAGGUGAUCCAACACCCCUUGAAUGACACUCUCACCACCACAAUGACCAGUCCCACCUCUGAGCCCAACCGCACCGUGGGGGUGACGCAGCAUCCUUUGAACAAUACGCUCCCCACCACGGUGACCAGUCCCACCUCUCAACCCAACCGCACCGUGGGGGUGACCCAGCACCCAUUGAAUGACACUCUCACCACCACGGGGACCAGCCUCACCUCUCAACCCAACCGCACCAUGGAGGUGACCAAGCACCCCCUGAAUGACACUCUCACCACCACGGCGACCAGCCCCACCUCUGCGCCCAACCGCACAGUGGGGAUGACCCAGUACCCUCCAAAUGGCACAUUCUCCACCACUCCAGCAAGAUCCACAUCCGAGCCCAGCACUGCAGUGAAUGCAUCUCUGACCACCCUGAAGGUGCCCACCUCACCUCCCAACACCACAACGGUGCCCACCUCAUUCAGCAGCACGACCAGCCAGUCUCUCAGCAACUUCUGCUAUUACUUCCUGCACUGGUAUCUGAACAGUUCCAGCCCCAAACCAGUUGUCUGCCACAACGGCGGUGUUGUCAACGUAACCGAGUGCCUCUGCCCGCCCGGCUUCUCCGGCGCCUCUUGUGAGACCGUGGAYGACGCCGACCAGUGCCAGAACGGCAGCACAGCUGUGGGCAAUAGGUGCAUCUGCCCACCGGGGCUGUCUGGGCCUCGCUGCGACACCUAUGACAACGACACGGCCUGCCAGAACGGAGCCACGGCCGUGGGCACCGAGUGCUACUGCCCCAGUGGCUACUACGGGCCCCGGUGCGAGUUCUACAACGCGAGCACCACCACUGUCCCAGCCACCAGACCUAAGUCCACCCCCAAGGCACCUGCUGCCACCGUCCAGAGCACCACCGCAACCAGGAGCACCACCAAGAGCACCACCACAACCAGGAGCACCUCCAGAACGACCCCCAAGCCAACUACAAGGAGCACAACUACGGCAAAGAGCACCAAGACCACCACCACCCCCGUCCCUACCACCACAGAUCCCUGCCAAAACCAGGGGGUCUGGACAGCCACAGGUUGCAGCUGCCCGGCCUACUUAGAAGGAGACUACUGCCAGUUCUCGUCACCAACCAUCGAGAUCACACCAGAGGCAGGCUCCUUUGUGAGGAUGACGGCGCGGGUCACCAACCGCCUCUUCUCCGAGCCUAUGAGCCGCUCCUCAUCCACCGCCUACCGCGUCUUCGCUGACGAGUUCGAACGGACGAUGGACCACAUCUACCAGAACGUCUCUGACUACCACAGCACCAAGGUCUUGGACCUCAGGAACGGCAGCGUCGUAGUGAACUACCGAGUCUUGCUGCACCCACCGCCCGAAGCCACCUCCACCUACAACCUCGAGCACAAGUCCCGGGAGCUGCUGGAGACGCUGAAGUCUGUGGCUCAGCCCCAGAACUGCAGCCACACAGCGAAAGAGCUCUGUUUCAGCCCUUCUUCGUCUGAAGUCACCCUCAUUGAGAAGCAGGAGGUCAACUAUACGGAGAUGUGCAGGAAGCGGGUGCUGGCCAAAUUCAGACAAUUUUACUAUCCCCACCAAAUUGGGAAAAAUAUCUUCUGCGUCACCAACUGCACCCUCAACGUCCCCGGCACCAUCGACUGCAACGGCGGGAACUGCCGGGUGACAGAGAACGGACCUCGCUGCUACUGCCCAGGUGUGCCCUGGUACCUGACAUCUGGCGACCGCUGCGAGACCCACAUCAGCAAGCUGGGCCUGGGGCUGGGUGUGGGGCUGGGCCUGGGUCUCCCCCUCCUCAUCCUGCUCCUCCUCUGCCUCGUCCUCUCCACCUGCCUGGCCAGAAGGAAGACACACUUGGGCAAGGACAGGUAA